AUGGACGAGUGGUUCUUCUCCGUCGACCGGGACGACGACGACGACCUGCUGAGCCUGAUGGGCCUCCUCUCGCCCCCGCCCGCGGUGGUGCACCAGGGCAGCGCCUUCGCGCCGUACCAGCGGCGUAGUACGGCGACGUCAUUGCUCGUGUCCCCGGGCCGGCGGCAGCGCGCGCGGGGCAGAGCCAACGCCCACCGGAGCAUGCACGAGUACUUGAGGCGCAUGAAUGGCCUUGAGUCGUCUCCCCAGGGGACAUCUUCGGGAGCACGAGCGGCGCCGCCGGCGAAGGAGCCGAUCGAGCCGCAGGUGCCGCGCAGCUCGGCGUUCCGGCACAUCACGCGGGAGCGGCUGCGGCGGGAGCGCCUCAGCCAGGGCUACGCCGACAUCCGCGCCCUCCUGCCACCGGGACGGGCACCAAACGGUGCCAAGAACUUUGUCCUCGCCGCGGCGGUCGACUACAUCAGGGAGCUGGAGGGGAGGAAGGGCCGGCUUGGCGCGCGGCAUGCAGAGCUGGUGAGAUCGUCUGAAUCAGACGGCGCGUCCGGCGGCGGCAUGGUGGUCAAGGUGCGCGGCGAGGGCGGGUGUUCUUCUAUGGUUGGCGCACUUGAGGCGGUGCUCCGGCGGCUCAAGGCCAUGCAGGAGCUGCGGGUGACGGAGAUCCGGUCGUGGUGCUGUGACGGCGCCAUGUGCAUGGACGUCGCGGUCGCGGUGGAGUCCACGGUAUCUUCGUUCGAGGUGGACAUGCGAAUAACAAAUGCCUUGAUGGAGCUUGAGGAAAUCAAAUCCGGCCGCUUGCAGGAUGCAGUGAAGCGUAGCUCCAACUUUAGUUGUCAAGUUGUAAGUGGUGAGCUCAUGAGUUGA